CUGGUUGCUAUAGCAACGGGGCUCCGUUGUAUAGGAGAGGACGCUGCUGUUUGUACUGGAGUUUGUCCACCGAAAAUAGCUAACGCUGCUUGCGUUCACGAAGGACUUGUGUUUGUAGAUGGAGGCCUCCUCACAUCCUCCAAAAGCUGGCAGGGGGCUGUGGAACGACCCCAGGGCCACCGCGUACAGCAAGGAGACCCAGGAUAUGCUGAGAUUAAUGAUGCAGGAAUCAAGGCUCACCACCCUCCAGAGAAAACAGAUCAAUAAAUGUCUGAUGAAUGGAGCAGCUUUGCCAUCGGUCCCUGACCCCACAUCAUCGGUGUCUCCCCCUCAGCCUAAGGCCAGUAAAUCUGUCCAAAAACACCUGCCAAGCAAGCCUCAGAGACGCAGCGCCGAAUCUUGUCGUUCUGGGAACAGCUAUGUCAGAGAAAAGUUCCGUCCCACUCCUACGAGAGACUUAGAGAAAGAGAAGAGGAGGCUUCAGAAUAUAUUGGCAACAGGACGAGAAGAGCCCACAGCUGCAUCUCCCCAAAAUGUUUCUACAAGUUGGAGCCGAGAAGUGAUGGAAGAGAGAGACCACUAUCAGGAAGUUCUGGAUGAGAUAGAGGAAAGAAGACAGUUUCUGGCUGACAUGGCCUCUCUAGGCCAGGAGAAACAGUACGUCAACAUCAUCAACACUGAAAUAUCCCAGAAAAUCAGAGAACUGGAGGUACUGGACAAGGCCCACAGUCCCAAGACAUCCAAGAGGAAGGAGGAGAGUGCAGUAGAGACGACAGAAAACGUGGACUCGUAGGAGACGACUGCUGACUGACAGCUGAGUUGUCACUGGUAAAUUACUUGGAAAUCAGGUGCCAGCAAUGUAACUGCAAAACCAUUCAACACAGAGUCCUAAGACAAGUGCAGAUUAUGAAUAGGUGGAGUAAAGUCCAAUAUAUUGAUUGUGAUUGUGACGUCUGUAAAGAGGUUACAGCUGACAUGCUGCACUGUGCUUCAACCGUACCAGUAGCUGAGGUGUGACAAUAUAACAGGCUGUGAAAGGGAUUAAAUUCACAAGAAACAAACAAUAUCUACUUGUAUUAACUUAUUUUAUUCCUCUGC